GUUGUUAUAAUCAUCGUUUUACUCGAUGCGAGAAAGCGCAUCGGUGCCUCCGAGGGGUUGUUAAAUUCCACGCUCGAUAAAUAAACAACUUAAACUGUAAUGGUUGUGGUUUAACAGCAUGGAGGUAAUCGAAACGAUUGUGAUACAGAGUUCUGAAGUGGAGGGAAAGGAAACGGUCGUGUCCAGUGUGGACGCCGAUAAAACCAAAGCAGAAUUUAUUUGGACACUACAGGCUACAUGGCACCUCAUCAACACCCGGCUGGAAAUGGACCAGGCUUUUGACCAGCCAGUUUGCAAGAAAAAGAAACUCUGGGAGAUGGUUGCCGAGAAGGUGAACGCCAAACUGAGGGAGUCAGAGGUCACAGACGUCACUGUGAAGGCGUACGAGUGCGAUCUCAAGUGGAGAAACAUGCUGGCCACGUACAGGAAGAACGCAGAGCGGGCCAAGAGGCUGGGGGCGGCCAGCGUCCACUGGGAGUUUUUCAAGACCAUGCACGAGGUCCUGGGCAAGAGCAGGGAGGAGAUCGAAGCCCAGCGCAGAGCCAAGCUCAGUGGGACAAAAGUGGGCAAGGCCAUAGCCAGCAAGAGGUUUACCCCGAUCCUCCCCACACCUCCCGCAACAGCCACACCCUGCCCCACCCGGCCUCCACAGGACGUCCUGCAGCUGUACAUGGAGCUGCAGGAGAGGAAGAUGAACAUGUGGGCCCAGCAGAAAGCUCUGGAGGAGAGGAAGAUAGAGGCCAUCAACAACCUGGCCCAGGCCAUCUCCAGCCUGGCUCAGAAGAACAACACACAGGUGUCAAAGGACGGACAUUAAACCUGAAGAGAUGUGAAGUGGAUCUGGACUUUUUACCAAAAACUUUUAUGAUUCUGCACAGAGAGAACUGUUUGAGUAUGUUUGUAGUAUACGUAGAGUAGUAGAGCUGAAUGGUAACAGAUUUCAGAAUAAAUGAAAACACAACAUUUCAGAGUGAGGGACAUAUGACAGAUUACAUGCCUCCUCAGAGCUGUUAUUUUCUGUUGGAUAUAAUCCCCACUUAUUUUUAUAAAAGUUAAUUAUGGCCAUCUGAGGUUUGGCAACUAAGAAAAACUCAAAUAUAACACAAAAGUUAGAUUAAUAACGGCAUCCCACCAUCACUGUAACAACCUAUGCACAAGUGGAAAAUAUUUUUUUAUGGGGUCACAAACUGAAACAAGCAGAAACAAGCUAUGCUUUGAUCACAGUCAUUGUUACAGGUCAUGGACCAAAACCAAAACAAUACAGAUAUUUAUACUGAUAAUCAUUAUUCCUGAGAGGUAUCAAUAACUGUAUUCAAAGGCAUGCCACUUAAUGUAUUAAUGUAAUACACUUUAUCAGACACUAGGAACAACUUCACAAUGUGAUGUGUUCCACUAAACAACCCUGCAAUAAAUACCAGCUUUGUGAA